AUGGCCAUGCCACUGAUUCCUCUGUUCAUCUUCUUUUUCUCAUUCUCCAUAUCCAGAGGUGAAAGAUCAGGGGGAGUAGGGGUGAACUACGGCCAAUUGGGGAACAACCUUCCACCGCCCAGAAUCUCAGUGCGUCUGAUACAGUCGCUGAAGGCGAAGAGCGUGAAAAUAUACGACGCAAACGCGGAAAUUCUAGAAGCGCUUCGGAACACGGGGAUUCAGGUGUCGAUUAUGCUACCGAACGAGCUCGUAGUGAACACGUCCACCAACCAGACAUUCUCGGACCAUUGGAUCCGUUCCAACGUGGUUCCGUUCUACCCCGAAACGCUCAUUCGCUACCUCCUCGUCGGCAACGAACUCAUCAGCAGCACAGGUAACGGAACAUGGCCCCACAUCGUUCCCGCGAUGCGCAGAAUCUCACACUCUCUGAAAGCCUUCCAUUUGCACAAGGUCAAAGUCGGAACUCCACACGCCAUUGACGUUUUGCAAUCGUCGUUUCCUCCCUCAAACGGAACUUUCAGAAACGACAUCGCGUUUCACGUCAUCAAGCCCAUGUUACACUUCCUCUACAAAACUCGCUCCUUCUUCUUCGUCGAUGUGUACCCGUUUUUCUCUUGGGCCUCCGACCCGGUCCACAUUAACCUCUCUUACACUCUCUUCGAGUCCAGAAACAUAACCGUAACGGACCCGUUAACUGGGUUAAUCUACACCAACCUAUUCGACCAGAUGGUUGACGCCGUUUAUUUCGCCAUGAAACGGCUCGGGUACCCAGGUAUUCCGAUCUUCAUUGCGGAAACGGGUUGGCCCAAUGGAGGAGACUUGGACCAAGUUGGCGCCAACGUUCACAAUGCCGCCACGUACAACAGAAACAUAGUGAAGAGGCUUACAAGAAAACCGGUUUUGGGAACCCCGGCUCGACCGGGUUUGGUUCUUCCGGCUUUUAUAUUUUCGCUUUAUAAUGAGAACUUAAAGCCGGGUUUAGGUUCGGAGCGGCAUUUUGGGCUAUUGUACCCGAACGGGUCAAAGGUUUACGACAUUGAUCUCUCCGGCAAGACGCCGGAGUCAGAGCUCGCGCCAAUUCCACCGGCGGUGGAUUAUAAGGGGAAGGCGUGGUGUGUGGUGGCCGAGGGGGCAAAUGUGACGGCGGUGGCAGCGGCGUUAUCAUACGCGUGCUCUCAGGGAAACGGAACCUGUGACGCGAUCCAACCCGGUAACCCGUGUUUUAAACCCGAUUCCGUUACGGGUCAUGCUGAUUAUGCGUUCAGUGCUUAUUGGGCGCAGUUUAGGCGCGUGGGUGGAACGUGCUUUUUCAAUGGGUUUGCAACCCAAACGGCAAAGGAUCCAAGUUAUGGUUCUUGCAAGUUUCCAAGUGUGACACUUUGA